CCCAGAUUGCAUCAUCGUCGACGAUGCGCACGAGAGCCUAGCAGAAGACUCCUUUCUGUAUAAAAGGGCUGAUGCCUUUGGAAGUGCUCGGAGUGCGCUGCACAGCGUAGUGGUGCUGGGGGAUCCGAGUUUUUCUAGCAGUAGUAAAGUGGCAGAGACAUUGCAAACACAAGUAGAAUCUAUUUCAUCAACUACGCCUACGAUGAAUACGACGAAUGCAGGUUCGCUUCUGGCCAGCUGUGGCGUUGGAUUGGAACCGUUAGUGCUGUCACAGGAGGUAGUUUUCAGUAAUAUAUUCGGAUUGCUUUCCUUUACUACUUGGUACUUUAUUACGUGGAAACUCUUUAUGUUGACUUGCAUUAGAAUUUCAGUACUCAGUAUCUCAUUCUCUAAUAUUAAAGGUAACGCCGAGUAUCGAUGCAGAGCCGGACGCGGAAGGCGGGUCUACUACCGUUAAAACAGAUGGCCACCUCUUGUACACAAAGGAGUCGCUGCAUAAGCUUUUAGAGGACUUUCGCUCAAGUAGUGGGCAGAGUAGCGUCGUAGUCCAUUCAAACGGCGAGGAUGUUGACCACAGUCCUGCAGGUGUAGAAGAAGUUUUCUGUGCUAUUUGUGCCAUCACCAGCACGCAUAUGGACGAGGCGGAAUUGAUGCCGUGCAAGAACAGAUGGAUAUGCAGCGACUGUGCGAUAGACCAACAGAGACGCAGCCGGAUACUAGCACUGGUUUCGGACAUCAACAACAGUUUGAAGCGCGCUCGUGUUUGUGCAAGUAGGGAAGAUGACAGCCACAGCGAACAACCCGAGCCGCAAAGUAAAAAGCAAAGGCGGAGUGAAGAUGUUGACACCGGACAGACGCGGAUCACUGACGUGACACGUAAAAGCAACAAGGUUCUUGAAGAUUGUCCUUCGCGUGUUGAAGAGCCUACUUCUCGACAGAGCCACCAUCACCAUCACCAUCACCUUCAACAAGCUCCUCAUCCUGAGAGAAUGCUGAGACUGAAAGCUGAGUCUUCCUCUACUGCUGCUGGUGCGGAAAGCAUACUACUAAAGGUGGGAAAUAAGAACAAAUCUCCGGUGGAGGCUAACGAGCAUACAGUUGUAGGUGGUAAAAGGGAGCAACGUGGAAAAAGCAAGGUCAAGGCUAGGGUAGAGAUGCUAUCAGAUCCUGCUGAAGAUGUCGGCGCUCUCGAAAGCUCACGUCGAAUUGAGUCCGAUACGUCCUUGGUCCGUACUAAAGACCCCGCAUUUUCAGUAGCAGCUCCCCAAAAGAAUCUGGCUGCUCCUCUUCUGUCCUUGAACGAAGGGAUCGAUAAUGGUAGCCAACCAGAGAUCGAUAAGGCAGCAAUGCUUGCGCAGCUACGACGGGGCCGUGGUGAGCCGCUGCAGGACACGGGAGGAAUACCAAGCCCCGCGGAAGUAGUUGAGGCCGCCAAAGAGGAAAAAGCAAAUGGAGGCAUUUUUGCACAAUCCGAAGACUUGGUUCUUCGCGAGCAGGAGCCUUCCUCUGCACCACGACCACCUGAAGUGGAAAACAACAUGUGUCCUGCCCUAGAUAGCCUAGAAACCUCCACGGAAGGGGAAGCCACCAACUUAGAAAUGUCUUUGCGCAAUCGACUCCUCAGAAGCAUGGCUAGACAUGCGGCACAGGGACAGGACGAAGUCGACUCGGACGAAGAGGAAGAUUCUGAGGAGUCCUCGUCAGACAGUGAAGCUUACUGUGAAAAGGACGAUCCUACCUAUAGCUUGGCGACAAAAGGGCAUAGGAUGGUGGAAGAGGAACAGCGGAUGGAUAGUGAAGAUAGUAGUUCUUUCGAUGAUGUUUGAUAAAUUUCGACCAGAGUAGUAAGUUGAAAGGCUUAUAUUUUCUUUUUCUUGUAAUCCUAAUCGCUUAUGGUGCCAAGUACUUAUUGUUAUUCUUAUUUCUACUCAGCAUAAAUCUUGUAACAAUGUAGAUUCCGGCACUACGAAGACAAAAGCUGCUGUUGUUGACAGCCACCAAAGCCGGACAUUCUUCAUGCAAAUUUGUCAUUGACAACUUUUGGUAUCGGAAUUUUACGCACCCCUUCUUGAGUCAGGCACCAUGACUACGAUGUAGGUGCACGAUGUCUCAAUCUCAUGGCGCAAGUCUUGGUCGAUUUAGUUGAAAACUUUUCAAGAACUUGAGUUACUUACAAAUCAUGUGAUAUAUUAUUCCUUCUACUACGAACGUGCGGAUACUGUGUAAUCCCGAUAACCAAACUCCAGGUAUAGGUGUAUUCCGCCAGUUGUUCCACACCAUCUGUCUUCAAGAACAAUGGCGUUAGUAGUUGAUCCACAUACUACCCCAAUAAUCAAGCUCUUUUAACUCACUUACGAAAUCGAAAUCGAACUAUUUAUGCAAUACCGCGUUUUAUUCGGCGACAGACUACGUACAGUCGCAGCAGGGGCAAUUUGCAUGAGAUUAUAGCCAUUUUUUGUUUAUCCUGCCUUUCCUUGUUUCACCUGGACUCUCUCAGUUAUCGCUAUCUCCUGCGUGACUGCCCAGAAUGGACAAAUGCGUAUGUAGAAAGAUUUUUUGCGCGAAAAAAGCGUCUCUAUGACCUUGAAGACCGAUAAGCUGAACAGGGAUUUGAUUACAAUGUCUAUUUGGAGAAAAGUGAAGAAGUGAACUCUUUACUUCUACGAGAACUGUUUUCGAAGCCGUCGAUAUCCUUUUUCUUCGAUAUCUUUUCUCAACAAAAUCAAAGCGAUCCAUGAUCUUUCAACUGUGUUGAGGCGAGAGCCUUCAGUGAGAAGUAUUAAU